AUGGUCGCACCAACAACUCAAUUACCAAAGUCACCAACAGCAGCCGUUGCAAAAUGGGAUUCUCGAUAUGCUGGUGCGGUACCACAUGAUACAUCAUAUUAUGCAAAAUGUCUUGUCGGUGGUAUUCUUGCUUGUGGUUUAACACAUACAGCCAUCUGUCCACUUGAUGUUACAAAAUGUAAUAUGCAAGUCAAUCCGGAUAAAUAUCUAGGUUUAGUUAAAGGUCUUCGAUUAAUUGUUGCUGAAGAAGGAAGUCAAGCUAUAUGGAAAGGAUGGCUACCAACAUUCUUUGGUUAUUCAGCGCAAGGUGCAUUCAAAUAUGGUCUUUAUGAAGUUUUCAAAGAUCAAUAUGCUACUAUGCUUGGCAAAGAAAAUUUUGAAAAAUAUAAAGGUUUAGUUUGGUGUGCAGCAUCAGCAUCGGCUGAAUUUUUUGCCGAUAUUGCAUUAUGUCCAUUUGAAAUGGUUAAAGUUAAAGUACAAACAGCACCACAUGGAACAUUUCCUGUAGCAUUUGGUCCAGCAUGGUCACAAAUGAAUGCACAACGUGCCGAAACUGGGUUUCCAUAUCGAUCUCUUGUACCAUUAUGGUCACGACAAAUACCAUAUACUGUAGCUAAAUUCUUCUUUUUCGAAAAGGUCGUACAAUUAUUUUAUACAUAUGUAUUCACACAACCAAAAGAAACAUAUUCAAAAGGAACACAACUUGGAGUUACGUUUGCUUCAGGUUAUACAGCCGGUGUUAUUUGUGCUAUUGUUUCACAUCCAGCUGAUUCACUUGUAUCACUUCUUGGUAAACCUGCUAAUAAAAGUAAAAGUUUAGGACAAAUUAUUAAUGAAACUGGAUUUGCUAAACUUGCUACAAAGGGUCUUGGUACUCGUAUAAUUAUGAUUGGUACAUUAACUGGUCUACAAUGGUGGAUUUAUGAUACAUUUAAAACAGCUAUGGGCAUGGGAACAACUGGUGGCAAAUAA